CUGGGCUGCCGUACAGCAGCAUGGCGGCGCUGUGCCGAGCAAGCCCGCGCUUCCUACGCAAGCCCGGGCUCUGCCGUACAGCGCGGGCCCUGUCUUCAGAGAAGCACGAGUAUGAUCUCCUAGUCGUCGGGGGAGGAUCUGGCGGCCUUGCUUGCGCGAAAGAAGCUUCCCAAUUUGGAAAGAAGGUAGCUGUGUUAGAUUAUGUGGAACCAUCUCCGAAAGGAACCAAAUGGGGUCUUGGUGGAACCUGUGUGAACGUUGGUUGCAUUCCUAAGAAGCUGAUGCACCAAGCAGCUCUUCUGGGAAGUUCUCUCAAAGACGCCCAGCGCUAUGGCUGGAAUGUAUCCUAUCCUGUGAACCAUGACUGGUCUGCAAUGUCAAAAGCUGUUCAAAACCACGUCAAAUCCUUGAACUGGGGCCACAGGGUACAGCUGCAGGAUAAGAAAGUGAAAUACUUAAACCUGAAAGGGAGUUUUGUGGAUCCACACACAAUUCGUGGGCUGAUGAAAGGCAAAGAGGCAUUGCUCACAGCAGAAAACAUAGUCCUUGCCACGGGCGGAAGGCCUAAAUAUCCCACAAACAUCGCAGGAGCACGGGAGUAUGGGAUUACGAGUGACGAUCUCUUCUGGCUGAAAAGGUCUCCUGGGAAAACGUUGGUUGUUGGAGCCAGCUAUGUUUCCCUCGAAUGUGCUGGUUUUCUCGCUGGCCUCGGACUGAACGCAACAGUUAUGAUGAGGAGCAUCCCGCUCCGAGGAUUUGACCAGCAAAUGGCUACUCUUGUGGCAGAUCACAUGGAAGGCCACGGGACGAGAUUCCUGAAGAAAUGUAGCCCAACGAAAGUGAAGAAGGGGGAGAACGGCCGGCUGCGCGUGACGUGGAAAUACCUCGAUUCUGGCAAAGAAAAGUCAGACGAAUUUGACACGGUGAUGUGGGCAGUAGGCCGAGCCCCUGACACCCAAACUCUCAACUUGGAGAUGGCUGGAGUGAAAACAAAUCCCGCGACGGGGAAAAUCAUUGUUGAUGCAAGAGAAACCACUUCUGUUCCUCACAUUUAUGCAAUUGGAGACAUAACAGAGGGUCGCCCCGAGCUAACGCCUACGGCCAUUGCUGCAGGGAAGCUGGUUGCUCAGAGGCUAUUUGGCCAGUCGGCAGAACUCAUGGAUUAUGACAAUGUGCCUACCACUGUCUUCACCCCCCUGGAGUAUGGCUGUGUAGGACUCUCGGAAGAAGAAGCUGCAGGGCGGUUUGGAGCAGAUCAUAUAGAGGUGUACCAUGCGUUUUAUAAGCCGUUGGAGUUUACCGUGGCCGAAAGAGACGCAGCUCAAUGUUACAUAAAAAUGGUGUGCUUACGCCAGCAAGAACAGCGAAUUCUCGGCCUUCAUUUCAUUGGCCCAAACGCCGGCGAAGUUAUUCAAGGAUUUGCCCUUGGAAUCAAGUAAGUGGGAUCAAGAAUUCUGCCCUC